AUGCAGAUCUCGUCCCUCUUCCUAGGCCUCCUCGGUCUCGCGCUCGGCACGGCCAUACUACCGCAGCGCAGAACCACAGAAACUAUCACCUACACGCUCCCCGACGGCCACGGCGUGAACGGCACCAUGGUCAUCGACAAGUCCAAGGCGAAGGACUACUUCAAGAGCGCCACGGCGUCGACCUCGACCAAGGACAGCGGCGUGGUCGGUUCCCUCACCACGCACAGCGCGCAUUCGAACACGGGCAGUGUCGAUGUUGCGGACGAUGUCCCGCAGUGCUCGCAGGACUGCUCCAAGUGGUGUUCCGGGACCAUCAUACUGGGCCCUAUCUACUGGAUAUAA